AUGCCUUUGCUUGCGGGGCCCUCGAGCUCGUCGCAAGAGGCGCUCCUCCGCCUUGAAAAAGGUAGCAGCGCAUCGCCAACUACCCAACUUCACGAAGCCGCGCAGAUCCUCGGUGUGGACCUCAAGACCUGUGAGAGUCACCCGGAGACACACCGAAAUGCGAAAAUUCAGUCAAAGGCCACUCCCAAGGAGGAGUGGGUGCUCCGUUGGUUAUUGAAGAGGCUCCGGACUGGGAAAAACUACCGCGUGGAUCCAGCUUCAUUCCUGUUACUGCGAGAGCUCAUUGGCUUCAUCUCGCCCAAGAAUUUGGCGACAAUUCUGAAAGACCAAAAGUUCUUCUCCAUUCUGUGCGACACGGUUACGGAUUUGGAGAAUGACAUCCUUACGACGCUGGGAAGCGGUGCAUCGACCUCAAAUUUCGAGUCCGACUCUAGCAACACUUUGGACGUGCGUCCCGCUAAGGAGGAACCUCGAGGCACGAAGGGAACGAAGAGGAAGAGAGUUGUUGGGGAGAAUGAUACCGAGUCUAUGGACCUAGACGAGACGCCGCAGAACCCCGCUUCGUGCUUCCUUGCAUUCAUUCGUGCUCUGGACUGCCUUUAUGGCGUUGCGACUCUGGUUCAGCGCACACUUGGCGUGGAUGAAGUGGCCAACUCGCACCUCAAGUUGGCGCUCAGAGGGGAGCCCGAGGGAGCUGCAGGAUUGCUGGGCAGGUCGCUUCAGCUGGCUGCCGUUGCCGUAAUGCAGUUCUCGCAAGCAGGUAGGACAACCGAUCUCCAGCACCUACUACUUGUCUUCCCAGCAAUGCUUGAACUAUGGGAGUCAAGAUCCUACCGCCAAGACGAUACGAACAACACCUCAAGCCAUGAAUGGUUUGCCAAGUCUUGUUUCUCUCACGCUCUCCGGCUUCAACUCUGUCUUCGAAACGUCACAUUCGACACUGACGAGAGGGCCCAUCUCCUACAUGCAAUCGAACGUAUUGUCGCUCUUCAUGUGUUGAUUCCAGCUCGGGAGGCUUUCUUUGCCCGCGGCGGUUCUGGCAUUGACUACUCCAAGGAAGAACCAGAUUGGAGCUCGGUCAAACCAGUGACUGAUACAUUCAGACCCAUCAUUGGUGAACUUUCAGCCAUCCAAAUGACGCCUGCCAAGUCUACCAAUCGCUCGUUCCACCCUUCGUGGCGAUCAAUCGAACUCCUUCCCGAGCUGUUCGAUAAUGCAGUGCGCGCCGUCCCAAGAGAUGAUUUCAGACGUCAGACACACGAAGCUCCUUGGCUAGAGACUUUGUUUGUGGCUGUUGCAGAGCUAGCUUAUUCCACCGCAAAGGAGGAAGAGCCCGCCACCUUCUCUGCCAGGUUUGUCUCCGUGUUGGAGGACCUAUUGCGCAUUGCUCUAGACCGAAAUGUCGGUCUGUCUCUGCAGACCAUCCUUACCCAUGCCGGUUAUACCGGUCUCCUUGAGCAAGGCUUAGAGCAGGUUCAGUGGAAUGUUACAGCUCUAGUUAUCAGCCUUGGUGUUGAUGUUUUCCUGCCCAACUCGGGACUACGUGAUGCAAGCAAGCUGCUGGAUGCGCUACUUGACAAGAUCAUGCUGCAAUGGCGCAGUGAUUCUUCCAAGAACUCAAAUGACUACAGUACAAUCAAGAAUGACGUCGUUAUCCCGCUUCUACGGGGCUUUGCAGGCGCGAGAGAUUUGACAUCUUUCAUGGAGGUCUGGCAUAACCAGCUUGUAAUCCUGGAAGAAGCUCGCGUCCGCAACAAGGAUCUCCCAUUCUUCUCUGUCUGGGAAGAUGAUGAUUUGUGCGAUGUCUUUUCUGAGUUGGCCCGGACUUCACUUACCGGCAUCAACUUUGCCGCACAGCUGCAGACUGCCGCAACGGCAACUCGGGAUGAAAAUGGGAAGAUUUCCGAGUCCUCACAAUCAUAUGCAAAAUUCGUUGUGAUGGAGGCCACAUUCCGAAGCAAGGUAUUGACGGCCGAUUCGGAGGAGGCUUUGGCACAGUUCCUUGAUACCUUGACGUCUACUCUGUCGUCAAAGCAAACGCUCCACUGGCGCUGGCGCUUGUGGCGGUUCGUGCGGAAUCUUUUGCAGAACAACUUGCUCGCCGCUGGUAGUGUCCUUGACAAGGCUACGAAGCCUCUCGUGAGCGUUGGUGCAAAGGCCCUUCACCGCAAUCAGAAGAACUUGGCCAAAGUGCCACUUGCUCCUCUGGAGUCAUGGGAAAUCUAUCGGUUUGUCCUGUUGGUUGUCACGGGAAAGCCCAGUGAUGAACAACUGGAUGCAUUCGCUGAUAUCUCCAAGGAUGUGACGAAAUUGGUCUCAUCCGUCACAGCGGAGGAUGCUCAAGCCUCGAUGGAGGCUCCCUGGGAUGGCCGGAUCGAUACUCUGUGCUCAUCAACUACGCUGGCUUUGGCUUACACCUUGGCGCUGGUGAGGGAACCUGAUGCCUGGGAAAAGGUCAAGCCCGAAUACCGGUCGAGCCUGUUCAAGCAGCUCAUGUCUCUUGCUGCUGCGCAGUACCACUCGUCCUCGUUGCCUUUGGAGACAGUUGCCGAUAAUGCGCGAUUCCUUCAAGCAUGGGCGAGUGUUGUUUGUCACGAGUAUCUGCUCAACGUGCCAUUCAUUGUACCUGAUUUGGUUCUUCUGCUCACCAAGAGCAUCGAAGAUGACGUUUCCAAUCGCCGUCUCUACGUGGAGAGCAUGCAGCGAAUCCCUGCUGCAUUGAUCACCCGUGGUCUGAGAACCAGCCUUUUGGACAAACUCCACGAUGUCGUUAUUCAACAGGACACUGCUACCGAGGUCACUCUUGGCCUUUUGACCAUGAUGGCUAAACUCGCAGCUAUGCCCAAGUGCGAUGCUAGUGUUACGAGCGAUUGGGAGCCGAUCUGGACAGAGGCUCGCGCCAUCUCCCUGGUAGGCACUGAAUUGGAUUUACAAAUCAUGAAGGCCUUCCGCAGCUUCUAUCGUGCUGUCAUUGCCAAGCUGCUGGUUCUAUCACAGGAUGAUCGAUAUGAGACAUUCAAGAAGCUUUAUUCCAGAGUCUCCAAACAGGCGUCCAAGCUCCGUCAAAUUGACCGUGAUUCCAUGGCUUGUUUCCUACUUCGACUGUCUCUGUCAGAACUCUGGGUUCAUCGCAAGCAAUUGGCCAAGGCAUUCCCUGAAGAUGAGCUGGCAUCCUGCCGUCAACGCGUGUUUGGCUUGGUGCUGGCAGAUAUGAAAUCCGUCAAGGAUCAGUGCAGGAAGCAGAAGCUAGAGGAGACAAUCACCCUCAUCAAAACUAUCGAUGCCCUCGAAGACUUUGAGGAUCUGGCGACCAAUAACAUCGAGGUCGAAAAGUUCCUCUCCAAGCUUGAGCGCUACAUGGAGAUGUCAGUCGAUUCCGCUCCGUCGCGCCUGAUUCGACGGCGCCUAAUGGCUACCAAGGGAUCCGAGAAGAAGGCCACUGAGCCGGUGCUGCAAUGCGCUGAGACCCUUGCCCUCCAGUCGCUCUACGCCGAGGAUCAACAGCUAUUCAUUCGAGCCACCACCGAGCGUUUCCGCUCAAUGACUGGAGAACAGGUCAGUGAAGCAAUUCAAGAGAUCCGUGAGCUCGGCUUCAGUGGUCAGCAGGCAGCAUAUCGACUUCUUGUGGUCUAUCUUGCGGUCAUCUCCCUCCAGCCCGUCGAAGACAAGGACAGUCCCGUUUCUCGCGAGCUCUCCCUGCUCAGCCAGUCUCUCGCAGAGGCUCUCGUCCACAGCACUUCAAUCGAUCAGUUCUGUUUUACCGCCGAGACUAUGGCACUCCUUCUCCGCGUACACACUCGCAGCAUUGCUCAGUGUAACGUCGACGAUAUGUUGGCUGCCAUCGCUACCGCUGCCUCAAAGAGUGGCCCGCGUAUCUCACCCGAGUAUGCCCCGACUAUCUACACCCGCCUGUGUCGCUUGAUGAGCAUCAUCCUGGGUCUGCAGCGAAUCAAGAUCGGCGGUCGCUUCCACCUCGUCGUCACUGCCAUGCAGCGACUGCUUGGCUGUCUCUUUGCGCGGUCUCGGAAGCGCUCACGCUCCAACCACGCCGCAGUCAUCUCCCACCCCUUCUGGCUCGCUCCCCUCGACGCCUCUCACACAUCCAAUUUCACCCGUCUCCUUACCUCCCUCAGUGACCCGACUGUCUCCGCUGUGCUGCGCUCCCAGCCUGGCAUGUCUCGCGAGACUCUGACCGAUGAGACUAAGAAAGCCAAGCGCAUCGCUGGCCAAUACCUACAAUACGUGAUCAUGGCGUAUGCGCAAUGCUCGUUGCGUGGGUCGUUGGUUCCGGAUGUGAAGGCCGCCCUGAUGCCCGGUCUGUAUGCGGCGCUGGAUGUGAUGUCCCGGGAGUCUAUGCGUGCGAUGAACGCCGGUCUGGAUGCUUCGGGUCGUGCUGUGUUCAAGUCUCUUUAUGAUGACUAUGUGAAGUUUGGAAAGUGGAAUAAGGCUUGA